AUGAGUUUAUGUUAUAUUUCAGACGGUUGUCCAGACCAGUAUUAUGGUGUAGACUGUGAGAAUCAGUGUGACGUCAACUGUAAAGAUAGAUUAUGUAAUUCAACAUCUGGUAAUUGUAAUGAUUGUAUUAAUGGUAGAUAUGGUACCAACUGCCAAUCAACAUGUAUAGUUACUAACUGUGUAGGCAACUGUGACAGGAUUACAGGAGACUGUGAUACAUGUCAUCUCAAAUGGUACGGUAUAAACUGUGAAACAGCAUGUUCUACAUGUAUGACGUCAUGUGUUAAAUCAAAUGGUAUUUGUAAUGGUGGAUGUAUUAAAGGUUAUCGGGGUAACUCAUGUCAACAACAGUGUUCUAAUAAUUGCAACAAUGGGGGAUGUAGACAGGGGGAUGGCUAUUGUACUAAUGGUUGUAAAGUAGGAUGGUAUGGUACCAGCUGCCAACAACAAUGUUCUAAUAACUGUAACAAUGGAGGAUGUAGACAGGUAGAUGGUAAUUGUAAUAAUGGUUGUAAAGUAGGAUGGUAUGGAGAUACAUGUGAUACACCAUGUAAUCGACAGUGUUCUGGUGGCUGUAGUAGAACAGGUGUGUGUAAUGAUUGUAUUAAUGGUAGAUAUGGUACCAACUGUCAAUUAACAUGUAUAGUUACUAACUGUAAUGUUAACUGCGAUAGGACUGCAGGUGACUGUGAUAUAUGUCAUCUAAAAUGGUACGGUACAAACUGUCAAAUAUCAUGUUCCACAUGUAUGACAUCAUGUGUUAAAUCAAAUGGUAUGUGUAAUGGUGGAUGUAUUGAUGGUUAUUGGAGUAACUCGUGUCUACAGCAAUGUUCUAAUAACUGUAACAAUGGAGGAUGUAGACAGGUAGAUAGUUAUUGUAAUAAUGGUUGUAGAGGAGGAUGGUAUGGAAAUACAUGUGAUACUUCUUGUACAGUUGAUCAAUGUAUAGGUGGGUGUAACAGCAAUACAGGACAAUGUUCUGGAUGUACACAGGGUUACUAUGGUACCAAUUGUCAAGAACGGUGUUCUAAUAACUGUAAUAGUGGAGGAUGUAGACAGGUAGAUGGUUAUUGCCUUACUGGUUGUAAAGUAGGAUGGCAUGGAGAUAAAUGUGAUACAUCAUGUAAUCAACAGUGUUCUGAUGGCUGUAGUAGAACAACAGGUGUUUGUAAUGAUUGUAUUAGUGGUAGAUAUGGUACCAACUGUCAAUCAACAUGUAUAGUUACUAACUGUAAUAGUAACUGCGAUAGGACUGCAGGAGACUGUGAUAUAUGUCAUCUAAAAUGGUACGACCCAAACUGUGAAACAUCAUGUUCUACAUGUACCACGUCAUGUGUUAAAUCAAAUGGUAUUUGUAAUGGUGGAUGUAUUGAUGGUUAUUGGGGUACCUCGUGUCAACAACGAUGUUCUAAUAACUGUAAUAGUGGGGGAUGUAGACAGGUAGAUGGUUAUUGUAAUAAUGGUUGUAAAGUAGAAUGCUAUGGAGAUACAUGUGAUACAUCAUGUAAUGGACAGUGUUCUGGUGGUUGUAGUAGAACAACAGGUGUUUGUAAUGAUUGUAUUAGUGGUAGAUAUGGUACCAACUGUCAAUCAACAUGUAUAGUUACUAACUGUAAUAGUAACUGCGAUAGGACUGCAGGUGACUGUGAUAUAUGUCAUCUAAAAUGA